AUGAACCAGAAUCAAGUCCUUCCAGAUGGCACCUCAUCCAAAAAGUUCAACAUUUGGCAUGCCAUCACUGAAAGAGCAAAACAAAAGCUACAAAAAAAUCACGACAAAAAGCAUCGGCAGCCCACAGACAUGUUGGUCGUCAAAGCAUGCUUCAAGUUCAUUGAUAAUUUUUAUCGAAGACUGUUCAAAUCAAAGAAAUGA